UAUUUUGAAGUCCAUAUCCGGAAGUGUUAAGACGAUAUUUAAAGUGUGUGCAUGGUUCACGGUGGUAGAAGUGCAUGGGUCAGGUUGCUGUGUCCGGGAAUUUCAGUGGUAACAGGAGGAAUCUGGCAGCAGAGAGAUGUGGUGGGUGUUGUGGGUGCUUGCUGCCUUGCUGGCUCUCUUCUGCUGUCUGGAUGUGUUCUACUUCCUGAAGGCCGCCGCUGUGAUCCUGCGUGCCUGGUUUCAGCCUCCGAUCUGGGACAUCACAGCAGAGCAAACCCUCACAGGCCGGGUCACCCCCCGAGACAUCGAUAUGUGCCACAUGAACAAUGCUCGCUACCUUCGGGAGUGUGACUUCAGCCGUUUCUCUCUCUACACUCGUAACGGUGUGUUCAAGGCCCUGCGAGCCCUGGGAGCUUCGAUGGUCGUGGGGGCCACCACAAUCAGAUACCGCAGGGCUCUGUGUAUAGGCGAGGGCUUUGAGCUGCGGACUCGAAUCGUGACGUGGGAUGACAAAGCCUUUUACCUGGAACAGAGAUUUGUUUCAACAAAAGAUGCAUUAGUGUGUGCUGUCAUGUACUGCAAGCAGAGCAUCAUACGCAGCAGCCCGGACAAGAUCAUGCAGCACUUGUGUAAGAGAAAGGUGGAGUGUCCUGAGUUUCCAGAGGAUCUUCAGCACUGGGUGAACUUCAUCUCUACCAGCAGCCAGGCCCUCAGAGCUGAGAGCGGGCUGGAUAAGGACAAGUGAAGCAAUGAGUGGGACAUUAUUUAGACCGUCUUUUUGACAUUGUCUACUGUUCGUGAUUACUUGACUUAAACACACGUGCCUAUACUUCUGAAAACAAGACUUGCAAAAAACCAUAACACUAACCUGCAUUGACGCUGGAAGGACUACUACUGCAAACCACAACGUUUAGAGAGGCUAGAGAAAAUAACUUCCUCAGUGAGAGGAAGUUGAUUGUGCUUCCUCCUGUGAUAUGAAAGCAAUAAAACAAGUCAAUUUUGAA